UUUAACUGAACCGUGUUUUCUCCGUGGGGCAAAUAUUUCCAUUAACGAACAUCGAAGUAUAGUUUAUACAAUGUCUUCAAUCAUAAAAAGCCAUCAAUCUACUUUCACUGAACAGUAUUCACUGUUAUCAUCUCUUCUCCAGCAUCUCUUAACCCUGAUUCAGUUAUCCAACAGUGAUGUUUUAAAUACAAUUAAGAAGAAUAAAGAUUUUCUAUACGUUCUUGAAAACUUAUGCCUCUCAAAAAAUAACAAAAUUUGUUUUCUUGCAAUCAAUACUAUAAUACAAUUAUGCCAACUUGAACAAGAAGAAACUAAUAUGGAAAAUAAACUUUUAUAUUUGAUAACGUUAAAAUGUGAAUACGUUUUAAAUGCUAUGACUAGGCAAUGUCAAAAUUGCGUAACAUCAUCUAUGACGUUAUUUAGUAUUAUUUUACAAUACUUUGAAGAAGGUAUAUUUUGUAAAUCAGUUGAGUUUAAUGAGGCACCAACUGCCGAUUUUUUAAGAUCUAUUUUUAUGCAAUUAGAAACCAUUAUAUCUCAGGGAUUGGAUUGUGUAUCGAACCAUGCCUGGGAAUGCAUAACUACAAUAUUGUCAACAAAACUUUUGAAACAUUUUCAAGAUUUAUCAUAUCUUAAAAUUGAGUUCGCCACAGAUCCUUGGCUUAAUUUUAUACUUGUAAAUUUGAAAUCCUUUAGUGAAAGAUGUUUAGAAUUUUUAAAUUUCUGGUUUACAAGUUUUUUAUUAAAUGACGAAGAAAGUUUUCGAAUACGGGGAUCAAAAGUGUUAUGUUCAAGUCUUUUUGAUAAUACUGUAGUUCAUAUUUCAGUAACAAUAGUCAGCCAAGUCUAUGAAAGAAGUGAAUUAAUGUCAAAAGCUAAAUUGAUUAUACAUUUGAUUUUGAAAAACAAAUUUUUGUUACCUAAUGGACUAGAGGGUAAAAUGAAUAUAUUCUUAAACCAAAAUUAGUCAAAGGUUAAAAAUAUUCUAAAUAUAUUUUUUAAU